UUUUUUUUUUCCGCAAAUAUGGCGAAGUAAAUAUCCUCGAUGUGCGUUUAUACAAAAAAUUAGAGACUACCAAGUUGCAGUAGACCAUUCACAUGCACUCGUUAACAACAUCAGCUGAUGACGUUUACAGGCGAAUGCCACUGCAAUUUAUUUUCUGUAUUCAGCCAGAGCUUUGUUCCACAAAAAACUGCAUGUAAAAAUUCCCAAAAUGCAACAGCGCAGCUAAGAAGUGUGUGGACCAACAGCAGUUAACAGCCGACACUAGCGAAAUGUCACAGGCGGCAUCCACAACGCAGAGUGCAGCCGCUGCACCGGUGGGGGGCAGCAGACGCCCCAUGACCAACGAUGUGGUGGGCGUCAUGGGGACCACCAUGUCGGCCCGCUACGGCGAGACAGAAUGGGAGGCGCGAGAGUCUCAGCGGCAACGGGAGUUGCACGAAGCUCGUGCUAGGGCGGCGCAGAUGGAGAAGACCAUGAAGUGGUGGUCCGACUGCACUGCCAACUGGCGAGAGAAGUGGAGUAAGGUAAUCAUGGUUGCCAUGGCUUCCCGUGCGAACGAACGGAACAAGGCAAGAGAAGAGUCCAAGCAGCUGAGUGUCAAACUGGACGUCGCCAUGAAGGAGUCACACUCCCUGAAGCGGGAGAAGAACGAUCUCGAGCUGCAGAUCACGCAGCUGAAAAAGGAGAUGGAGAAGGUGCACACGCUAAUGAUGAAGCACGCCGGCCAGUUUCAUCGUGCUGACACCAGCGAGGACGCGGAGGCCAAUGGUCGCGACGCCAACUGUUCGCCGGACAUCUCCUCGGAUGGCCUGAAGAAUGUCAACAGCGAGGACGGGCUGGUCACGAAGCUUCCCAACGAUGUAAAGGACCUGGACAUUGAGGAGUUUGCUAUGAAGGGCGCAAUGCCCAAGCAUCUGACAGAGUUGGAUGAAGCAGCUGCUGCAGAAGAGAAACGCCUGAUUCAGCAGCUCUCCAAGGACGACUUCGAUGAGGACUACUUGAUGCAGAAGAUAUCCAUGCUUCAGUUGCGUCUCGACGAAGCGCAGAAAACACUUCAGGCUGAGAGGGAUGAAAAGCUCGAGCUGCACAAGAGUAUCGAGAAGCUGUCGCUGGAGAUCCAGGAUGUGCGCGGUCGUCAGGAGGAGAUGCGUUCCGCUAAGCAAGAGGCUGUGCGCGAACUUCUUACACUGCAGGAGCAACAUCGCGCUGAGAUGCGUAUCGUAAACAACUCGUUGCAGGAGGAAAUCGCUGCGCGUGAAAACUUGGAGCGCAGGCUUACAGAACUGCGCACCGAGCUCGAGCAUUUGCAGGCGGAGAAUGCCUCAGAGUGGGGCAAGCGUGAGCGUCUGGAAUCCGAGAAGUUGGCCAUGGAACGAGAUAACAAGAAACUCCGCGCCGAGCUACGGGACUACCAAGAGCGUUCCGAUCGCAAGUGCCGCCCCAUGCAGGCCAACGACGUUGAGGUACGGGCUUUGCAGCAGGAGCUCUCCGAGCGCAACAAGGAAAUAAGUGAGGUGAAGAUGUCGCAUGCCAAGCUCAAGAAGCUACUGGCCGAAACCAACACUGAACUGGGCCAUGCCGUGCGCCGUGCGGAGCAGUACGAGGCAGAGGUCAAGCGUCUACGCCAGCUGGAGGAGCUGAAACGCGAGUUAGCUGGGGCCGAGGAUGAACUGGAUUCGGCAGUGAACCAAGUGCGGCGAUUACAGCGCUCCAACGAUGAGCUUGUGGGUCAGACAGAAGGCCUGCAAGUGCAGAUUCAACAUUUACAGAAUAGACGUGCCCCGAGCCCGCAGCUGCGGGGAUUGGGCGGGGUGCAGCUCAGGAAUAAGAUAGCCGUGGAGCUGCCCAACGACUGUCUGCCGAACAUUAACGACUUGCGUCAGAUCUUCGAUGACUCGCAGGCUGGCUUGAGGAGCUCCCACAAUGGCAGCGAUGCAGCUGCCCAUCAUGCUGCCUCCGUCAAGAGGUCAAGUCACACGGAGCGAACGCUUCUCCAGCAACAGCAGAGCAACUCUGCUGCCACGGCAGCGGCGGCGGCUGCUGCAGCGGCCGCAUUCUAUGAUGCCAAGCCCACGCAUCUGGAGGAGAACAUCUUCGAGUCGAAGUCAAGGAAUCUAGAGUUCGAGCGGGCCAAGCAAAAGUUCGAUAAUCCCCAUGGACAGCAUCACCAUCAUCACCAGAGGCAGCGAUCCGGAAAUGCGUAUGGAAGUGCUGGGAGCAAUGCCAGCCGGGCGAAUCUCGCUCUGCCACUCAAGGGAAUGACAAACGGGGGAGGCAGUAGCACAGCUUCCAGCAAGGAUGAGUUAAACCGGCAGCUGUACGAGGCUCAUGAGAAGGAGCAGUCGGCUGGGGUGGGCUAUGCCAGGAAUAGCAUUAAUCUUGAUGGUCUCAAGGUAUCCGAUGAUGAGACUCCGUAGCUAUGGUUCGACAAGCUUGUUGCUGGACGAUGAGACUGAGGGCAACAGCGAUUAAGACAG